GGGAAAUCCACAUUCACAUUCAAUCACGGAAGGAAGGACUUCUGCCUCAAGGGGUGUGAGGUGUGGGUGUCCGUGUUUAGGGUUGUGAAGGAUGUCAUUGUUUUAGUUUUCGUUUAGUUAGUCAUCGUCAAAAUGUCAGGCAAAGGGAAGGGCUUUGGCAGCAGCGCGAGGUACCAGUCCACAGGCUCCAGGGACCCUAUUUGGACCCGCGUCUCAGGGGACCCCGGAAACGAGGGCUCAGCAGACGGCUCUAGGUCCACUGACGAGAAGAUUCAGCUUCAAUGCAGUUCAUCCAGCACUGGAAAAGGACUCAAUGUCACUUCUGCUGCUAUCUUCAUUGCUGGGGAGAUGGCCGGCAGUGGUGUGCUAGCCCUGCCACGGGCAUUGGUUGAAGCAGGAUGGAUUGGAAUCGUUUUGCUGGUAGUGUUUUGCUUUAAUGCUGCCUAUGGAGGAUCCCGUCUUGGAGCAUGUUGGGCCAUUGUUGAGGAAAGAUACCCAGAGUAUAGAGAGCGUGUUCGGAACCCCUAUGCUACAAUUGCAUUCCGUGCUGUUGGAAGAUGGGGCAGCUACCUUGUAUCAGGCUGCAUUCAAUUUACAUUAUUUGGGGCUGGAACUGUGUACCUCCAGCUUGCUUCUCAAAUUUUCCAAGACUUGAUGAGUGAUGUUUUACCUCAAGUUGGAAUUUGUGUCUGGUUUAUAUUCAUUGCCAUUCUCCUUACUGUACCAAUGUGGCUUGGAUCUCCCAAAGAUUUUUGGGUUGUUGGAAUUGGAGCCCUUCUUACUACAGCUUUUGCGUGCGUAUUCAUCUUUGCCCAAAUGGUCAUGGAUGGUUUGAACAAUACAGAGCCUGUUCCAUUUAAAACUCAUGGCUUCAGUAACUUUUUCCUAUCAUUUGGUACCAUACUCUUUGCAUUUGGAGGAGCAUCAACUUUCCCUACCAUUCAAAAUGACAUGGCUGAAAAACAUCAGUUUUCAAAAAGCAUAUUAAUUGGAUUUGCAACAAUCAUGGCUCUUUAUUUCCCUGUGGCCGUCGGAGGCUACUUUGUAUACGGUGAAUUGGUGGAUCCUAAUAUUAUUCUGUCCCUUGGACACAGCAGCUUAGUCAGCAUGGCAAAUGUGUUGAUGGCCAUCCAUUUGGUGUUGGCUUUCCUCAUUGUCAUCAAUCCGGUGUGCCAAGAGUUGGAGGAAAUCUUUCAAGUUCCACACGAGUUUUGUUUGAAACGCUGUGGGCUAAGGACUAUUAUGAUGUGCAUCAUGGUCUUUGUCGGUGAAACUGUGCCCAAAUUUGGAAAAAUCUUGUCUUUGGUUGGGGGAUCAACCAUAACACUGUUGACUUUUGUCUUCCCACCACUGUUUUACAUGGUAUUAUGUGACCAGAAAAGAGUUGACUGGCCUGAAAGACUCAUUCCGGUGCACAUGCGAGUCUACAUGUGGGAGCUGAUAUUGAUUGGUCUUGUUGGUGGAACAGCUUCAACAUACAAUGCAAUUUUGGACAUCUUUUCUGCAGAAUCGAUGGCUAAACCCUGCUACUGGCCAUGGUAACAGAAAAAUUUGAAGCCAGUUUAGGAAAUUUGUACAUGACAGAGAAAACUACUAUUUUAUUAUUAUUAUUAAUUUUAUUACUAAGUGUAUGUGAUUUUUCUAGAUUCAAAAUCAUUCGCAUUUACUACCCCAAGAACAGGUUAUCUGUUCAAAUAUAUAGAUUUGACCACUAAUUUGUAAGACUUCAAUUGUUUAUUUUAAAAUCUAGGUUGUGUCAAAUUAUUUUUUCUACGUCAAAUUUGAUACUGAUGUACAGUAUGCAGACUUGCAGGAUGAUGACAUGAUAACCCAUAUCUAUUAUUGUGGAUAUGAUUGGUUUGAUUUUUCUGACCAUUCCAGGGACCUGAUUAGCUGCAAUGCAGUUACCAGUAGAUGCUUUUCUCUAUUUUUCAUUCCUUAACAAAGGUGUGUUAGAUACAAUGCAAUUGUGAACUGUGUGUACCUUUUUUCUAUAACCUAAUGUAAAGUCAAAUUAAGGGCAGCUUGUGAGGAAUUUGUCUGUGCAGCUGACAAACGGACAAUAUCCAAUUUCAAAAUUACUUCUCUUUGAGGACUUUAUUAAUUUUUGCUCUUAUUAGUGUGAUAUAUGUAAUCUGAAUAGAACUUGGAACUCCGACUGUUCUCAGAUAAUUUAAUUAAUUAAAUUGAUUGAAGCAUCAGAAACUGAGUUUCAUCUUUAGUUCACUGAAUUCCGUGCUAUUGUGUUGUAAUUCUGUCUUGAAUGACUUGUCUGUGAUUUUUUUUCUUUUCUUAAACAUGUGCCUGUAACACAUAUUUCUGUGAAAACUGUUUUUCUUGUUAAACAUUGCUCAUGUGAUUGAAUGUUUUAACAUUGUUUUGUGAUGUUAGAUUUUUAAAUUCUAAAUCAAAUCGUGUAAAAUUUGUCGUUUCAAAUUUAUAUUUUUAAACUUUGCAUUUUAAUGAUUGUCUAUUUGAUUUAGCUGACCAAGGUUUUUCUUUGUUUCACCGUGGUUUUAUUUUUUAAGAUGUUAUGGAUGUUAUAUUCAGGAUCUGCAGGAUUUUCUGCAAGAACAAUGUGUGGGUUUCCUUUGUAAGUGAAAUAUUUUAACAUACAGUACAUCAUAUUUUACGAAGACAUUGUGUGCCAUUAUAUUUAUUUUGUUAUGUAGUCAACUACUUUUUCUCUAGUUAAGGGAUAUCAUUGAACCAAAAUAUGCCUGUGACGGUGCUUGGAUUCAUUGUGAUCAUCGCAAUUGGACUGUAGACAUCCAAUCUCAUUCCCAUGCAAACCAGUGGAUUUAUGUACUUUCCACUUGAUUUGCACUUUCACAAGUUUUAUCAUUUUUUCUUUCACGAAUGAAAAACAAAUAAACUAAUUGACAAGCAAAAAGUG